AUGCAAUUCAAAACCUUAAUCGCUACUGCUGCUUCAUUAAUCGCUUUUGUCAACGCAGAAGCUGCUCAAAACUAUGUUCAAUUCUAUGCUGAAUCUGAUAUCAAGGAAAUCAACGGCAAAGGUUUAUCAUCAAUCCAUGAAGGAGCUGCUUUGAACUACUUUUUCUUGGGAGAAGAUCCAGAAAUCUUGGACUAUAACCCUGAAACUGGUGCCAUUUCAUCCUCAUUGAACACUGGUGAUGGUCAAAGUAUUGACUUAGCUUUUGAAGCUAGUGUUGGGAGCCGUUUCCCAACUUUACAAGUAACUGCUGGUGCUCAAACCGCUACCAGUUGGACAUUUGAAGAUGGUUAUUUGAAAGGUAAUGGUUCUCAAAACUUUUUCGUUGCUAAAAACACUAGUGAUCCAUACAGAUAUUCUGAAAAAUCUUAUCAAGUUGCUUUAUUCCCAGAAGGUGCUUCAACUUCAGGUUUUGUUGAUGUUCAUCCAAUUAAAAUCAAAGUCACUCAAUCUGCAGUCUUAUAA